GUAAGGAAGAAGUGUACUAAGAAAAGGGUCAGACCAUUGUUCGAGAAAGUUUUGAAGUGUUGCUUUCAUUAGUGGAAAAAGACAGUGAAACAGAGGAAACAAAAAGACUACACCCCCCCUUACACCCCUCUCCAUAGACACAAACUUCAAUUUUCAUUCAUGUUUAUGUAAAAAACAUCUGAAUUUUUUUCUCUUCUGACUGAUUCUCACAUACUAUUAUUAUUACCACGUAUGCAUAAUGCAUGCAAGUGUCAUUCAAUUUGUUUGAUUUCUUCCAAAAGUAGGAGAAUCUCAAUCUCACUGACCUUAUCAUAUAGUACAAUAUUAUUAUAUAUGUGUUCUCAAUGUUUCUGAGAUAAAUAGUAUAUAUGAGCAGUGUUGUAUAUGUAGUAUAUCAAAGGUUAUUAUUUCAUCUACUCAAAAAUAGAUAUAUGGAAUCUAAGAUGAAUAGUUUUGUUCUUGUUGUUGAUGAUGAUGUCAAGUACAAAGAAGAAGAACAAGAACAACAACAACAAAGUGGUGUUCAUGAACAUGCUGAUCAUGUAGAGGAGAAUAGUGAGAUUCUUAAGAGAAGAAUCUCUAACCAUCCACUUUAUGAGUUUCUUGUUGAAGCACACUUGGAUUGUUUGAAGGUUGGUGACAUUUCUAACUUGGAGAUAGAGAAAAAAGACAAGAAGAAAGCAAUGAAGAAACAAAACUUGGAUAUGUUGAGCCAAUCUGAGCUUGAUCUCUUCAUGGAAGCAUAUUGUUUGGCACUUAAUAAGCUAAAAGAAGCAAUGGAAGAACCACAACAGAACUCAAUGGCUUUCAUAAACAACAUGCAUUCACAACUUAGGGAGCUAACUCAAGCAACUACAACUGCACCAAAUGAUUCGCCUGCUACUACAUCUUCAAGUGAAGAAACCCAACAAUUCAGAAGAAACCCAACAAUUUAAUUACAAGUUGAUGACUUGAUUUUCAGUAGUGUGCUUGUGCAUGUGAUAUCUCAACCUAGGUUUUAAUUGUUUUUAAUUUGACUUGUCCUGUUUGAAAUGUUAUUUUAUGUGAAAUUAAUUAGUAAUGAAUGUUAUAAUUAUAAGUUAAAU